GCCUUUUAUUUUCAUGGCGUCAAAUUUGUAGAGUUAUUGAAUGCAUAAAGGCGUUAUUCUUCUUUAUUCCAGAAUUCUAUUCCGCCUACGUAACAUAAACUGACUAAAAUUACUAUUUAAUAUUAUUACGGACUAAAGGAAACGACCAUCGAUUUAUAUGCACGGCCUCAUUAUUAUGAGAUGAAACAUUGGCAGUGUUUAUCUUAACGUACAAUAGCAAAUUUGGCUGGAUAUUAACCUCAUAUUCACAAUUUGACCUUUGUGUUUACCAUCACAACAUUUUUUGUGACCAUUUUCGCUGGUUUUCUGUGUAUCUGAGCAGAAUUGUACAACUAUAGGAAACCAACUCUUUUUUUUUAAAAAAAAAUACAUACAAUAAUCAUGUACACAUUACUAAGCGGAUUGUAUCAUUACGCGACCCAAAAAGAAGAAUACUACGUUUUAAUUAUUGGACUCGACAAUGCAGGAAAAACAACGUUAUUGGAACGCAUAAAGUCAAUAUUCAUGGGUGUAGCUGGUCUGGACCCCGAUAAAAUAGCACCAACUGUAGGCUUAAAUAUCGGUAAAGUGGAUAUAAAAUCAUCGCGGAUAAACUUUUGGGAUUUAGGUGGACAGCGAGAUUUGCAAUCGAUUUGGGAGAGAUACUAUACAGAAUGUCACGCUAUUGUUUUUGUCGUGGAUUCAACAGAUCCCGUUCGUUUGGAGGAGUGCAGAGAUACUUUUGAAAAAAUGAUUACAAAUGAUGCAGUGGAAGGGGUGCCCGUGUUAAUGCUAGCAAAUAAACAGGAUGUUUCUGGUGCUUUAAGAGUUGAAGAAGUAAAGGAAGUGUUUAAUAAGAUUGCAGUUAAACUCGGAGCGCGUGAUUCACGAGUGUUACCUGUCAGCGCAUUAGAAGGGAAUGGGGUAGAGGAUGCAAUAGACUGGUUGGUAUUACGGUUACAACGAAACAAGAUUAACCGACCACCUGUGUUUCGUUGAAACGUAUACAAAUAGCUAUGCUAGCAGAUCAUAAAUAUAAAUAAAAUAUACUCAUUAUAAAAUAGAUGCAUUGCAUGUAAGGGCGUUUCAUCUUUUUAUUGUUGUUACAUUUUAUGAUGACGAUUAGUACUCCGCGUUAUGUAACUGUUUAUUUUUAUCAAGAGAAAUCAGGUUAGUUUAUCAUUCGAUUGAAUAAGGAAACACGUGUAAUCAUUAUACAAGUAAAAAACCGCAUGAUCAUUUACAAGCGAACUGGGGUUGUUUGUGUGGCGAAACAC